GCCAUAUAACUCACGUUCUUGAGCAUCAAGAUCGGGAGCAAUGGCCAAUAAAUCAGAAUGUCCUUUCCGGGUGUGCAAGUCUUGUUGCGUUAACGCGCGGAACAACUGUACAGUGCACGUUCAUAGAAACUUGGGACCUGUGCAGAAUGGAACUAGCCACACUCUGGCACAGGUCGUAUCGCCCACGGCAGGGGUGCAAUCUCCAGGCGGCUGCCUUCCGUUCUCAAUCCCACCAGAGACAUUGCUACAAGGAUUAUCGAAGAGUCCUUUUGCAGGAAACACAGCCGUUCCAGGCGCAGCAGCAGGGGCAGCUACCUCUGUUCCCCAGACCCCUUUCCGAGCAGAUCAGCACACUUGGAUGCAAGCAAAUGGAAUAGCAAAAAUGGCAUCAUCAAUGCAGAUGAACAUGUUUUCUCCAGGCGUGGGUGUCCAACCUUCGGUGACACCACCUGGAUCACGACCAGGAACGCCGGCUGGUUCACAGGCAGGAUUUCCUAUUGGUGGACUGCAAAUGGGACAAAAUGGGACUCCUGCAAAGCCGUUGACCUCGCCAGGGACCGGUUCAGAUGGACUGGGUGUGAAGUCUCAGCGGAUGGUUCUGGGACAGGAGGCUGGUCCCAUGGUGAACAUCAUGGGGCCGUGGAUGAUGCACGGAAAACCGGCGCCAACGCCGGAGCAACAGUAUCUGCUUCAGCUGAAGAGCUUGCGGGCUAUUGUUCAAGCCUAUCAGAAGGAAUCAUCUCUUACUCAUGCUUGGAGGAUUCAGAAACUCUGGGAACAAGAAGAGGCGGAACUGGAGGUGGAGGAGGACGCUUUGAACCGUUAUGUUCGCAAUUCAGUGAUGCUUGCUGAGUUGUUCUCAGGCGAUGCGGAUUAUCCCUCAGUCUCGUCGUCGUUUCUGGACGACGGUUAUGGAGGAAGCGGGCCGCUGAUAGAUCGCUCCUUCGAGUCCCUCUCGAGGAUGGUGAGAGGUCGUGGCGGAGGAGGUUCGCCGGGUGAGACGACAUGUGGAGCCAAGCGUAGCCGACGAGGUGAAAUCGAGGCUGUGGAGGACGCCGCUGCAUGCAGUGCUGACUCUGCGAAGGAAAUCUUGCAGCGUCUGUUGCGAGAGGUCCGCGUGGCAGAGCGAAGCACCGAGAACCGGGAAGACAGGGAUGGGUCAAGUACGCUCAUGUCUGUACGAAGAAAGCGGAAGCGGAAGCUCGUGGGGGCAAGUGGGACUGCAAAGCGGGUCGAUACGCUGGAUUUACUCUUGGAUCAAGCUGAUCGGGUGCGGACCAACGAAGACGUGGAGGCUUGCGAAGCGGCGUACCAAGAGGAGUAUGGAUACAAGCUGUCGCUUCCGCACCUACCGGAAGGACGAACAGAGGAAGACGGCGGCUACGAUCUGAACGGUGAACCGGAAACAGGGCAGGUAUAUGGAAUGCAGACUACAAAUGAGAAUGGGGAUGCAAAAGAGCCGUCACGAAAAGUCGACAACAACGAAAAGACGGCUGAUCGUCAGUUAGCAAACGGCGACCAGGGGGAAAAUGAUUGGCCAACUUUGGAUAGAAGCUGGUGGCGCGUGCCUACGGGUAAUCCGAGGACAAGGGCUAUUUGCAGACAUCUUGCCAAGACUGCAACAGACUUACUUCAGCUGUAACCGUCUUCCUCUGAAUGGUCAGUGAACCGGAAACAGGGAAGGUGCAUGGAAGGCAGAUUACAAAGCCGUCAUCAAUCUUGCUCGCUGUUAUCGAGUUGUGCUAGCAAGAUGCAGACUACGUGGAGUUCAGCGCAGAGCGUGAGUGUAGUUCGGAUCGGUUAGAGGUGGUAAGUAGAAGGAAAGGAGUUUGUGAAGUUUUGUUUUUGUGAUCGUGUCUUUUGAUUUUUGAUCGGAAGUUUGCGGCAUGGUGCGCAUCGCAUCUUUUGCUCGAUAACAGCGAAUGAUGACCUGAGAGGCUGAGACAGAGAGGUGAGUCUUCUGUAGUUCGGUAGGGCAUAUCUGUCUGCCAGCUGCAGCAGCCAGUCAAUCCAAGCAUUUUUUUUUGUUUUAAUCUUUGCCCCAUCACUGCUCCCUUUCUUUAGUUCGAUUGCCAGGUCAGGUCUCCACCCUCCCGUCCAUUCGUUAGUCCAUCCAUCCACUUCAUCUGUAUAUUCGAUAGUGAAGGUGCAUUGACUGCACUGUUGAAUCUAUUCCUCAUACGCGUCCCUAUUCAUUCAACCUGGUAGUGCUACGCAAUAGGACUUGGGUUACAGGUGUGUGUGUGUGUGUGUGUGUGUGUGUGUGUGUGUGUGUGUGUGAGAGAGAGAGAGAGAGAGAGAGAGAGAGAGAGAGAGAGAGAGAGAGAGAGUAUGUGUGUGUGUGUGAGAGAGAGAGANGAGAGAGAGAGAGAGAGAGAGAGAGAGAGAGAGAGAGAGAGAGAGAGAGUAUGUGUGUGUGUGUGAGAGAGAGAGAGAGAGUGUAUGCGUGUGUGUGUGUGAGAGAGAGAGCCUGCAUGUGUAAGUGUGUGUGAGAGAGAAAGAUAGAGUGUGUGUGUGUGUGUGUGUGUGUGUGUGUGUGUGUCAGAGAGAGAGAGAGAGAGAUUUUGGUGGGAAUAAUUGCUAUACUGCUUAAGCUGGGUGUGCAACGAGGGGCUUCCCGCAACCCUUACGCCCAUUUUUCAGAGAAAAGAGCUACUCUGUAAAUUAUUAAAACUCAAUUUAGCCCAGUGGUGGCGGAGACUAAGGCAGCACAGGCCCAAGUCAAUAUGCCCACCCUGCUGGGUUCAGGGUAACUUUCUGCCAUGGAGGUAAUUUGUUCAGCCGUUACAGAAUUUACCGUAGUAAUGUCUACCGGCCAACAGGGUGAUGGAACAUGCAGCUCUUAGCCACAGACCCUUCUGGGAACUGUCCUGGAAUCUUCCGGGAAGUCUCUCGUGAAAGUUCAGGAGAGAGAAUAGGAUUGAGGUGGGGGGUCGUGCACACUGUUUUGAGUUGAAUUUGGGAAGCGCUGUGUCUGCUCUGAAACUCGGCUCUUGAGGCUGAGGGCGCCGGUUUGAAUCCGUGCGUGCACGGAGGAGGUCCUGUGGCUGAAAAGAAGUUCAGACUGUCUGUUCUGGACAAAUUGAAAGAUGCGCAGAGAGGAUUGAAAGACGCUCCGGAUUUUUUUUAUUAUUUUUUUUAAGUUUCUUUGGGGAUCUGUUUUUUAAUGGUGUGAGCGGAUGACACUGGCAUGGUGCCACUGUGCAAUGCGUCUCCUCUCCGGCGCACGGGCUGGAAACUCGUGAAUUGAUUGGUAACAGACACUUCCGAGAAACUUCAGAGUAAAUUCACCCAAUGGGU